CCCGGACAAGGCGGCCCAACGCCCCUUCCUGGGCGGGAACGGACCGAGGCCCUCUUAGGAGGGCGGCGGCGGCCGGGGCGCAGCGCCAUGAACCGGCUGAGACUUUUGGGACUGCUCUGCGCGGCGCUGCUGGGCUGCUGGGAACCUGGUGAUGCCUUGACGUGCUUUGAUAAGCAGUAUAUGUACAAGGGCAGAUGCUGCAACCGGUGUCGGCCAGGGGAAAAACUGAUCUCUGAGUGCAGUGAAACAGAAGACUCUGUCUGUGCCCCCUGUGAGAGCGGGCACUAUCAGCCAAGCUGGACCAAGGAGAAGCAGUGUCCUCCUCAUGAAAUCUGUGAAGGCAAUGCCGGCCUCAUUGAGAAGGUGAAAGGAAAUGCAACACACAACACGGUGUGCCAGUGUCGGGCUGGCACGCACUGCUCUGACAUCAGCUGCCAGACCUGCGUGGAGAACCAGCCUUGCCAGCUUGGCUCUGGCUUUGUGGCAGCCAAGGCCAUGGACCGGAUGUCAUCACCCUGUGAACCCUGUGCAGAAGGCACCUUCUCCAACGUCUCUUCUAAAACCGAGCCGUGCCACCCCUGGACCAGUUGUGAGGAAAAGGGGCUGGUGGUGAAGGUGAAAGGGACGAACUCCUCGGAUGUGAUCUGUGAGUCGACCAGGCGCUCCUCACUGUCAGUGCUGAUCCCCAUCACAGCUGCAAUUGUCACGUGCCUCGUGGGUGUCUGCAUCUACUGCCUGGUGCACACAGAUUCCAGGCGACGAGUGCCAAAGGAGAUAGAGGCUGGGGAGCCCGGAGAGAACCCAGAUACCCAGCAGCCCACGGAGCAGGAUGAGAAUGUCUUGCCUGUGCAGGAGACCCUACUCAGAGGCCAGCCUGUGGCCCAGGAGGAUGGCAAGGAGAGCCGCAUCUCGGAGCAGGAGAUGCUGUGAAGGCGCAGGGGACUGCCCCCGACAGGAGCACAGACUGGACAGCACCAUCUCCUCUGUCCCCUCUCCGGCUGGGGAGGAAAUCUGGCAUCUGGCCUGGCUGCAAAUGAUGGGAUGCUGCAAUGGACCAUGGCACGACCACCCCACGGGAAUACCACUACAACUCCUGGUCUGGUCACCUGCACAGGGCUGCCCUGGUGGAGCAAGGCUUGACAUGGAACAGAGCCACAUCCUGCUAGCAGCCCAGGUGAUACAAUGACCUGGGUGGCUGCUCACCUGCUGAGCCCUUGCAGAGCCCAGUGCAGCCCCUGGCCACAGCAGAGUGACCAUGCUGACAGAAGACGCCAGCACACAGCCCUGUCUCCCUGAGUGCUGGAGAAGCCAGGGCUGGGAGAGGGGACUGUGAGACCACCACGGCAAAGCUCAGUCCCCUGUCUGGGGUGCUGUGGAAGCGCUGCCCAUGCUGGAGCAGGGCACGCUUCCAUCCGGACAGGGCACCCCAGCCCCUGCGUGCCGCCCAGCGCUGCCGGGCUCCGUGGGACCAAGAAAGGCAGGACCGGCGGGCCCUGGGCCGGGAUGGCGGCGGCGGGGCCGGAGCGCAGACACCGACGUGCGGCGGCCGGGAGAUGGUGCUGCGGGACCGGCACGGGCUGCGCGGGGCGGCACCGGCACCGCCCCGUCCCGUCCAGUCCCGUCCCGCCCCGCGUACGCCCCGGGUGGCCUCGCGGGGCUCUGGCCACGGGGGGCUCUGGCCGCCGGGUUGCCCAGCGCGGGGCCCCUCCCGCCGUUCCCCCGCACACCCGCGCGUCCGUGCGGGAGCGGCCGCGCUCCGUCACCUCCACCCACUGCUGGCGAAAGCGUGUGAUUAAAGGUGGUUAUCUGCCCCUGUGCGUGAGCAGCCCGAGCCCCUGCCCCCCACCGCGCCCCCGGCACCGGCGCUCCCGGAUCUGAUGUUCUAGGAAGGAUGCUUUGGGAAUGGGCGGGUGCUCCCAAGGCAGAGGUUCCCAGCUGAGGAGGGAGGGAGGAGCUGUCACCAGCUGUGCUGACCCCCACCGUGCCCCCAGGCCAUCCCCAACACACCUGGCUGGCCCCACUCUCCUGUGGCUGCCCUCCCUGACCCCCACAGCAGAACCUGCCCCAGCACAGCCAUGCCCAGCUCGUGUUCCACGCCGGGGGAGACGGGGAAUGUGGGCAGGGCUGCCUGCAGCAGGCAGGUCCGUACCUCUCGCCUCACUGCUCUGGCAGUAAAAUGCGCAAGUGGGGUCCAUUGCACUGCAGGGCAGUACUGUGGGGUGCAGCAGUGGAGUCACCCCGGGCUCCAAAGCUGGUGUGGGGCUGCAGUGGCACUGAGCCCACUGCAGGCUUUAGGUACUGGGAGCAGCCUCAGCCUAUGACCCACGAUCUGAUCACAGGCAGCACGGCACGAGAAAGGCCAUAAAUCCCAGAGCAGGAGCAGCAGGAGCAUGGAGCAACUUUGCCAGUACAGGCAGUGGCACAUUAUUUAAGGCUCCUCUUAAAACCUAAUGUUAGGUUUAAUAAGGGAGAUAAAAACAUGGCAGCAGCUUUCCCUCCUCUCAGGGCUUGGCAAUCCCAGCAGUGCUAGUGGGAUGGUCUCAGGCUGGGCAGCAUUCCCUUGGCACCAACCCAGAGAACACCCAGUUCUGGGGACAGAUGUGAUCCCGCUCCUGCUGGAGGAGAAGGUGUUGCGUGGGCCACAGAUGCAAAGUCUUUGGCCCCAAAUGUGAAGCCUGUGGCCCCAGAUAGUUUCCAAAGGACUGUGUCCCAAGGUGGCAGGCUGAACUGUCUGGGGCCACCUCCCCAGUUCCCCCAAGGCUGACCCUUCCCUGCUGGCGUGCAGCAUGCUCAGUGCCCACUCCUGCGUAUCACACAUGUACCAUCUCAUUAGCACGUCUGUCCCCCAAAGUGAGGAGGGAGAGCGCGUGAGGCCUAAUUGAAUGUAACUAAUUAUUCACUCUGCAAAUGCUCUGUUUAAAUGGGAUUGUGAGGGACAGAAUUACUCAUUCUGAAAAGGAGAGAGAAAAAGAGAAAGACAGAGAUAAAACAAAUAGAGGCGGAUGCUGGAGCUGCAGCUCGCUCUCUCUCCCCAGAAUACCAAUUACCGGAUGAAGUGAUUGUAUAAAUCUUUACCGAGUGAACGGACUGUACUAGUCACUUACUCCUGUCCUCCUAUUAUGAGGAAGCAGUGAAAAAUCAUCCUACUCUCUA